AUGAGCCAAGUAGAGAAAACAGAUGAAACUCUGGAGUUGGUCACCGACGCUCCUAGAGGAGUCACGCGCAUAGAAAACCUGGACAAGAACAUCGACAAACGGUACCUGCUCCUUUUUGCUUUUUCCGUCUAUCUCUGUUCGUGGACACUUGCGCUUGACUUCACCACCACCACGAGCUACCAGCCCUACGCCACCUCCGAGUUCCACAGACACUCGAUGAUUUCGUCUCUGGACAUUGCAACCACUGUGAUAUCUGCAGUCUCCAAGCCCUUUGUCGCCAAGUUUUCCGACAUGACGUCCCGUGCAUAUGCCUAUCUGCUUAUUCUCGUGCUCUACGUGAUGGGUUUCAUCAUUGCAGCUUGCUCGCAGAGCAUUUCCUCGUACGUUGUCGGGUGCGUCUUUAUCUCAAUUGGAGAAUCGGGUGUUGACUUGAUGAACAACGUUAUCGUCGCAGAUAUGACGCCGCUAAAGUGGAGAACUGCCGUGGCUAGCAUGCUGCUCACUCCGUACUUGUGCACUACCUGGAUAUCUGGCUAUAUCGUGGAAGAUAUACUGAAAACCAACUGGAGGUGGGGCUACGGUAUGUUUGCCAUAAUCACUCCAGUGGUCCUUACGUCAGCUGUGACCAUCAUCUUUGUGAUUGAUCACCGAGUCAACGGCAAUGGUGAGCAACUGUUCAAGCCACCAAAAGUAUCUUGGAAGCAGGUCAGGGAGGCACUAGUGGAGAUUGACGCACUGGGUCUUGUUUUGCUCGGGUUCGCAUUCUCCUUGAUAUUGCUACCCUGCUCUCUCUACGCAUACGCUAAUGGCGGAUGGAAGAACCCUUCAAUGAUUGCUAUGGAGGUAGUUGGUGGAGUUUUGCUGAUCACUUAUGCGGUCUACGAAAUUAGUUACGCGCCUUUUCCGCUGCUACCAAAAGCUGUGCUGCUCAACAGAACGUUUGUGUGCUCUGCAUUCAUUGAUUUCUGCUAUCAGUUCAGUGCUUGUCUUUGGGUUCUCUACUUCAGCUCUUACACACUGGUCACUCUGAACCUUUCCUAUAAACACUGGACGUACUUUAACAACACAGAAACCAUGGGUGUUUGCUUCUUUGGAGUGAUGUGGGGACUUGUGUUUUGGGUGUUCCGCCGGUACAAGGUGUUCCAGGUGAUGGGGACUGCAAUUAGAAUGAUUGGAAUUGGCCUGCUGGUGAAAGCUAGUAAAAUGGAUAAGCCACCAUCUUUGGGGAUUUUGGUAGCAGGAGCAGUUCUGAUAUCCUUUGGCGACGCAUCUACCCAGAUGGCUACCCAACUAGCAGGUCAGGCAUCUGUCCCCCACAAAAACAUGGCCUUUACCAUUUCAAUUCUCGACCUCUUCAGUUCCAUAGGCGGAGCGGUUGGACAGGCUAUUGCUGCCAGUAUUUGGAUCUCGCAGCUACCAAAAAAACUUGUUCAGCACAUUCAAGAUCCAACUGCUGCAUAUACCUACUUUGAAGACAUCUCGACUAUUUAUGCGUUGCCUUGGGGAUCCAGUGAUAGACUUGCGUGUAUCAAGGCGUACCAAGAGCUUAACUAUCUACUGUUCUGCGGGGCUUUGGGCGUUGGAGGGGCGUGCUUCCUCGCCGCCUUCUUGCAAACUAACUACUACCUCGGAGACACCCAGAAUGCAGUUGAAGGCUCACAAAAGGAAGACUACACCGGCCGUUGGUAUGAGUACAUAUUUGAUUUCGUGAGACACCCCUUGGGCUGA